CACUGUUCUGGUUCUGUUCCCCCUCAGAGAGAUCAGAGCAGCAGACUCUCCGGACCUUCACGAUUGGGCCCAGCUCCAUUCGGGUCACCUGGAACGUGAUCCAGUCAGCACAGGGUUACCGGCUGGAGUGGAGGCGGGCUGCAGGGGGCGAAACGCAGAGGCUGUCAUUUCCCACCAGCACUAACAGAUACGAGAUCACUGGGCUGCAGCCUGGGACGGAGUACGUCAUCACGCUGUACACGCUGUACGAGGGCCGGGAAGUGGCCACGCCCGCCUCCACCUCCUUGACAGUGGAUCAGCCUGUGGGCAGCGUGUCUAACCUGCGGGUGCUGGAGACUCUGGGCAGAACGGUCAGGCUGGGCUGGACGGGCGUUGCCGGGGCGACCGAAUACCUCAUUCGCAUCAUCAACACCGAGGACGGGAAGGAGCGCUCUCUCAGCAUCCCAGGCGAUCAGACCACCCUGGACCUGGAGGACCUGCAGGAGGGGGUGUCCUACAGGAUCAGUCUGACCGCGCUGGUGGGAAGCAGGGAGGGGACCCCCGUCACUGUCACCAUCAGGGCAGAGGUGCAGAGUGUGGGGGAUGUCCAGGUCCAGGAUCUGGGAGGAGGCCGGGUCAGACUGACCUGGACCAGAGUGUCUAGAGCCACAGGCUACAGAGUGACUGUUCUCAACACACAGGAUGGGACAGAGCAGUCUGAACUCCUGGGAGACCGCACCUCCAUCGACCUCAGCGACCUUGCAUCUGGGGUGACCUACACUAUCACUGUCACACCGCUUGUGGGGAGCCAGGAGGGGAGCCCCGUGUCUGUCAGCAUCAGGACUGAGGAGGUUGUCUCCGAGCCCAUCAUAACCAACCUGCGAAUCCUGGAGAGAGGAAGUGACCGGAUCAGGAUCAGCUGGACUGGCAUCGCACAGGCCACGGGGUAUCGGGUCACCUGGCGCAGCGGUGACGGCAGGGAGCUCAGUCAGACGCUACCCCGGAACGCCAGCUCCUACGAAAUCGUGGGCCUGCGGGAGAACGAGGGGUACCGAGUGGGCGUGGCGGUGCUGGUCGGGGGGGUGGAAGGAAACCCCACCACUGUCAGCACCAGGACCGAGCAAUCGGUGGGCGGGGUCACAGACCUGAGGGUGACUGACACCAGCAGCAAUCAAGUGCGCAUUGCCUGGUCCAGGGCUGCUGGAGCAACAGGCUACCGGGUCACCUGGAGGCAGGGCAGUGCACAAGCGCAGUCCCGGUUGUUGCCAGGCGACUCCUCCUCAUUCACCAUGGAGGGGCUGGUGGCUGACGAGUCCCUGGUCAUUGCUGUCUACACUCUUAUUGGCCAGCGUGAGAGCAGUGCGGUCACUCUGUCCUCCAGGACAGCUCCAGAGCUGGUGGGCAGGGUGUCUGGCUUGCGGGUACUGGACACGGGGAACAGGAGGAUCCGGAUAGCUUGGACUCCACUGCCAAGGGCAACAGAGUACAAGAUCAGUUGGCGUCGUGACGAUGACAGUCACUGGUGGAAGGUGGAAUUCAGAAGUGGUGGCUUGUGA